CUUCCAUUUUCCUCAUCAUUAACCGAUCACCGUCAUGAGCUCCAAUUCAUCCACAUCGCCGUUUACUGGCGGUGCUGAUACCAGUGGAUCUCUUUAUAAGGUCAUUGGUGUGUCCCUGGCUAUAGCUUCUGGUGUAUUUAUUGGAUCUAGCUUUGUUUUCAAGAAGAAGGGUCUGAUUAGUUCAACCGAAAAAUCGGGCGGUGUAGCAGGAGAAGGUCACAGUUAUCUCAAAUCUCCUAUGUGGUGGACGGGAAUGAUACUCAUGAUUAUUGGAGAACUGUGCAAUUUCAUUGCCUAUGCCUUUACCAUCGCCAUCCUAGUUACACCUCUUGGCGCGCUGAGUGUUGUGAUUAGUGCGGUUCUUUCAUCGAUCUUUUUAAAGGAACGGUUGUCAUUUCAGGGCAAAGUGGGUUGCUUUCAAUGCAUUAUAGGUGCCGUUGUGAUUGUGCUACAUGCCCCACAACAAAGCUCUUCGGAUACAGGCAUCGAUGCCUUUCAAAAACAAUUUUUGUCUGUCGCAUUUCUCGUAUACUUUGGUCUAUGUAUCCUCAUAUCCGGUAUUUUAGUCUUCUGGGCUGGUCCUAGGUGGGGAAAGAAGAAUAUGUUGGUAUACAUUACGGUGUGUUCUCUCAUUGGAUCUAUUUCUGUGGUCUGCACUCAAGGUCUCGGGGCUGCCAUUAUUCACUCUAUCACAAUCGAGAAUGAAUUCAAUCGACCGUUCUUAUAUAUACUAAUGGCCAUCGUUGUCGUUACUCUGCUUACUGAGAUCAACUACCUGAACAAAGCCCUUAACUUAUUCAACACCGCACUAGUAACUCCUACGUACUAUGUCACCUUCACCACCCUCACCAUUGUCAGCUCAGCCGUAUUGUAUGGAGGCUUUCAAGCCUCGGGUGCGGAUAUCGCCACCGUUGUGAUGGGAUUCCUUAUUAUCUGCUCUGGAGUUGCAUUACUUCACCAUUCAAAGAGUCAGCCUACUCAAACGGCCGUGGUAGAUAGUGAAGGAAACGUUCUGGAAAUCAUCAAGGAUGAAAAGUAUUUGGAAGAGGAUGAUGAAGAUGAUGAUGACGAUGCGGUUCCCGGUACUCAAACCCAUCGAUUCCGUUCGGCUCGUACAGCCCCACCUGGCCAUUAUGACCCUGGUCCAGCUGAUCUUUUCCCUGCACCUUUUGUUGGCAUCCAGCGGUAUGCCACCACUACGCAACGAAACCGAGCAUUGUCUACGAAAUCAACAAAAGAGAAAAAUGAAGAUCGUCUGAAACGACAUAUUAGUCGACGGUAUUCAACCAGAGUUACCUCACCAAAUUCAGGAGCUGCUGUGGAGUUCUCUCAUACUAUAUCUAUGGGCAAUACCAAUUCGGGUGAGGAUGGCAUUAGCAGAGAGAGGCGAUGGAUGCAAAACUUCCCGAACCGCAAAUCUUCGACGUGGGAUGAUGAGGAGCAAACAAAGAUACCACUUGAAAAGCUAGAUGAUCAGAUGGUGCGCCACCAGCUUACUGAUAGCCCUGUUCCUCCACCUCAUGGCGCUGAAACCCUCAUUCCCAUUGAUACACCGUAUUCUACUGCUGGCCACCGAGACCAAGACAAGAUAGGACCAAUUGCUUCCAUGAAAAAGAAGAUAUCCAAGGAGUCUGAUGGUGACCGUCAGGGUCUCGUAUCCAAAGAAUUUAGUGACGACGAAGAUUCACCGUUUGAUUAUACGCGCGAAUAUAUGGAUGACAACGAUGACGAAGUGACCGGUCUCCGUCGCGGGCUGUAGAAUAAGGGACUUCCUUUCCCUUCAUAUCUCUCUAACUCCCUUUUUUUUUUUCAACUUGUACCAUUAUCUAUAAGUUGCAUGCACUCCAUUGUAAGCAUAUACCAUGUAGCAACAAAUAAAACAACGCGCCUGAUUGUAUAGUCAAAACA